UUUUUCUUCAUCUCUCUCUUUCUCAAACACAACCAGGAAUCCUUAGAAAUGGCUUCAAAGAAUUCAGCCUCUCUUGCUCUUUUCUUUGCCCUCAACAUCAUUUUCUUCACCUUAACCUCUGCAACUGAUUGUAAAUGCAGCCCAAGUCCAAAGGUCCCAAGUCCCAAGGCCCCAACUCCUUCAGUCCCGAGUCCUUCGGUCCCAAGUCCUAACUCUAGGCCGGUGACGCCUCCCAGCACCCCUGGCUCAUCUGGAAACUGUCCUAUCGAUGCUCUCAGACUCGGUGUAUGUGCAAAUGUCUUAAGCAGUCUACUUAACGUGCAAUUGGGUCAGCCAUCGUCUCAAUCAUGUUGUUCGCUCAUCCAAGGUUUGGUUGACCUCGACGCUGCCAUUUGUCUCUGCACUGCUCUUAGGGCUAACGUUCUUGGCAUUAACCUUAACGUUCCAAUAUCCCUCAGCGUUCUUCUCAACGUUUGUAACAGAAAGCUUCCAUCUGGUUUCCAAUGUGCUUGAACAAUAUCAGCUAUGCAUACUACUCACGCACACUGUGUUCUCUAUAAAAUUACUACUGUUUGAAUAAUUGCAUGUAAGCUAGACUUUAAUGUUUAUAUCUUAAUUUGUUUUAAGUGAAAUAAUAAGCAUAUGAAAGUUUUCUAGUUUUUUUUGUAAACGUUUCCGUCAGUCUAUGUAUUUCUUAUUUUCAACCUGUUUAAUCAAAGAAGUUUUGUAACCCA